GCGUUAGUCAAUCAGAAAUCCGCAAGGCAAUCGAUAUGGGAAAUAAAAUUGGAGUUUUGCUGCUCUUCGGGCUGAGUUUGGUCAGUUCCUUGGAGCUGAAAUAUAAUUCUUUAGAGAGUUACCUAAGAAUUAUGGAACUACGCCCAUUUGCCAUGGAGUUUGCACAACACUUUAAGAAUAUAAGUGAAGCAGACCUGGAUUUACCUAACACACGCCUGCCCAGCCAGCAGGAUUUGCGCUGUCUGUCUGACAUGAAUCAGCUGCUGGGCGGACUAGCCUCUGGCAAAUUGUGGAGUCUACAAAUCAUUUUGACUGCUUGUAAUUAUUUUGUAGUGCUCGAUUCAUGGGGCUCUAUACCAAACGGAAUAUUCUAUGGAAACGCAAUAAACUUGGGCAACUACGAUGAGUGCAUCGGGAUUAUGAAAGCCAUAUCCGAAAGCAGUAAUAUCCAGGGCAAAUACUGCCUCGCUAAGCUGCCCAUUCUGCAAUCGUUUAACAUUCCAGCACAGAUAGUAAUUGGCAUUUGCUUUCCCUCCAGUUGCUCGGGUGCACAUAUAAGCGCAUUCCUCAAGCAACUACUACAAAGGCUUUUGGGCCUAGAUCUGAAGACUCAGUUAAUAAGCGACGAUUCGUGUAGGACUUCAGAUCGAGCACCUUUCGAUGGCCUAACCAUAUUUACAAUCGUUCUCUUAUCAGUGCUGGGCUUUGCCAUAGUUCUGGCCACACUUUGCGAUUACUUCCUGUAUGAGGAUCAGAAGAAACUGCCAAUUGUUGUCAAGGCUUUCUCCAUACGCGCCAAUUCACGCGCUCUUUUCAAAAUGGUGGAGCCAAAGUCAAAUCCCAAUAUCAUCGACUGUUUGCAUGGCAUACGUUGUAUGUCGCUGCUCUGGGUCAUCUUUGGACAUGAAUACAUUAUUGCCGUUAUGUCUCCAAACAUGAACUAUAUUAAAAUGUUUUCUUGGGUGGGAAAAGCCUUUCCCAGUUUUGUUUUCCAUGCUGUUUUCGCUGUGGACACUUUUUUGUUUCUCAGUGGCUUGCUAUUGGUCAUGAUCUCUAUGCGUGCCCUAGAAAAAUCCAAGGGUAAAUUGAACAUUCCAAUGAUGUAUGUGCAUCGCUAUUUGCGCCUCGCUCCCAUUGUGGCAGUGGCCAUACUCAUGUAUAUGAAACUGUUGCCCUACCUGGGAGACGGUCCUCUGUUUGGCGACAUCAACUUUGACAAUUAUGAAAACUGUAAGAACAACUGGUUCUGGACUUUGCUCUUCCUACAAAACUAUGCAACUAAGGAGUUGUGCUUGAUUCAUACUUGGUACUUGGCAGUGGACAUGCAGCUGUAUAUACUCUCUCCCAUAUUUCUUCUAUGCUUGUACAAAUGGGGUAAGAAGGCUGCAGCAGGAAUCUUUGUGCUAAUGCUUCUGCUCUCCGCUUGCCUCUUCUGCACAAUGAUGACCGACAAGUACUACAUUUAUCUGGAAAAUGGAAAACUUUCCGAUGAGGCGCAACGCAAGAUCUACUAUGCCACUCAUACACAUGCAGCUCCUUGGCUGAUCGGCGUGCUCUUUGGCUAUUUCCUGCAUGUGAAUCGCAGCAAGAAGUUUCAGCUGAAUCGCAUCGAGAUCUGGCUGGGUUGGAUUGCGUCCCUGGCUCUGCUAUUCACCUGUGUGUUUGCCUUGUAUCCAUCUGCCAAACUGAUGAGUCCAGCACUAUCCAUACUAAAGGAGUCGUCCUACUAUACGUUCACCCGCAUCGCUUGGCCCCUCGGUUUGUGCUGGGUGGUCUUUGUUUGCGUGAAGGACUAUGGUGGCUUGGCCAAUAGUUUUCUCUCCUGCCCACUGUGGCAACCCCUCUCAAAGAUCUCCUACUCCGCCUACAUCUUUCACGUAUUCAUACAGCAAAUCAAUGGUCGAAGAGUCCGAGCAAACACAUAUUUCUCCGACUACGAUGUAAUGUUGAGGUUUUGGGCGAACUUUGGGUUUACCUUGCUGUUGUCUUAUGUAAUGUACAUCACAAUGGAGGCGCCCGUCGCUGUGCUACAGGGAAUGCUCUUGCCCAAGGCCAGAACUACUCCAAAGCCAACUGAAGAAGUAAAGACUGAAUCAACCCGAGAGGUCAAUAACUUAGCGGAAACAGAAACAAUGCCAGAGAUAGAACACUCUGAAGAGAUGUUAGAAGCAAAUUUAGAAAAAAGAGUUGAAGAAACUUGA